GAUACUUACCUGUCAGCAAAUGAACUCACCUGAACGAAUAUACCUGUACGUACCUGAGAAAUCAACACAGGUAUUAUAAGGGUAUCGGAGGAGAGUGGAGAUACCAGUGGUAGGAGAUUCAAGCUUUAGAGAUUUUGUUUUUACCUGAGAAACUUGUAUAAGGCUAUUACCGGUAAACUACCUGAAAGGUUACCUGUGAUUCGUCAGCACGUGGAGUAUCCUAUAAUACAACAGAUCCGUGUUAGGUUUACCACAGAAGGUAAUAAAACAGGAGAAAAAAAACUUUGAAAAAAAUUGUCACCCGUGUACCAAUCAGCUUCGUCAUUUUAGUAGGAUAUACAACCUUGUGUGAGAACUGUGGACACUCUAAAUCUGACGAGGAUAUUUAUCAUCUGUUUUUGAAAAUCACUUUGAGGACCAAAAUCCACGAGAUUUAAAGCUUUACUCAGGACAAGGAAAACAUUUAUGAUAACGUCGGAUACACAUUCUAGUGAAAUCCUCUACUGACGAAAUUGACAGUUUGACUUUCGGUUUGUGAGAAGAGUGAUUGAGGAGGAGGUACAGCGGAUGAGGUAGAGAGGGACAUCCUGGAUUAAGUUACGUAAUAUUAUCUGACAGAAUCAAUUCACCGACAGGUGGGUUGAACUUCACUGUCCAACUGGCGGCUACUUUAGGAGAGACAAUGAUCUACACAUUGACCCAGCAGCCAAUAAACCCGGGGCUGACACAGCCCUUAGCCCCGGUAUUCAGUCAGGGGGUCACACAGCCCCUAUCGCAGGGACUAACUCAACAAAUUAGCCAGCAACUUACUACGCAGCUUACACAACAACCCGUCAGCCCCGGGCUCAGCCCGGGGGUCAGUCCUUCAGGCCUCAGCCCCGUUGUGACACCCCCAGGUCUCAGCCCUGGACUAAAUGGCGCUAACGGUCAGUUGGUCAGUGCGACCAGCCCGGGGGUGAGUCCAAUUUCUCCCGUGGCGCCAAUGUCUCUACAGCCUGGAAUUAUGCAUCUUAUAAACUAUGGCGACAAGGACCUCGGACUCCUGCUAUCACAGAGGAUGGAAUUGGUCUGGCAUGGAGAAUUCGAUCGUCUCUUCAGCCAGUACUUUCCCCACAUGUGGUACCUUGUUCCCACGUUCAACCCGCCAAACGACAGAUGGAGGACAUUCAAAGAUAGUGCUAAAGUCCGAUUCUCAUGUCAGAGUUGUGGACAUGGAUGGACCUCGAUGAAGGGACGUGUUAUAUUUUGGUUCCAGUUAAACUACGUUACAAACACGGGUUACGUCAUGUUUAAGUUGUACGGUCAGCAAUGCCAGAGGUGUAAAAAUGGAACGUAUGAGCACGCCAUGUGGUAUCCGGAGGAAGUUGUCAAGGUACUCGGAAAUGUAUAUAACCGGGUUGGACAGAUAUACUAUGGAUUUAUACGUCCACCACUUCGGAUAGACCGAAGAGCAGGGAAACCAAGAAACCAACACAAUGCGGAACUGUGCCAAGCCUGCAAGGAGGGUUUAUGUCGGGAGGAAUGGUCGUUCUCGUGAAGGCAGCGCCAUCUGUAAUGUCUAUAUACAUAUCAAGGGCAGUAACUCCGAUUUACCCUGACAAUAGACCAUGCCAGGGACGUGAAACGAGAAGGGAAUCGAGGAAGUGAUGAAUCUAGCAAAGAGACUAUGUCUCAUUGUCAAACAUUCGUUCUAAAUGCAAUGACAUAAUACGUCAUUUAAAAAUGUGCUGUUUAAGUAGCAAGUGUGUGCUCAUUAUUUUAUUUUAAAAUCAUGUUUGUAUGUAAUAUAUAUAAUAUUUUAUUGAAUGUUUUGAAUUCUACAAAUAUGUAACAUAUGCAUAGGGGACUGUUGAACAGUCUCGAUUCAUAUGUUUAGUUUAGAAUUAUUUAAAAUUUUAUAAAUUGUGUUCAUUGUAUAGAAGGGCAUGAUUGAAUCAUCAUAUUGUAUUUCUCUGAGUCUUUUUAUUAGAUCUGCAUACAAUAAAUCAAACGUUUUGUCCAAACAAAAUAGCAUUGUCUUAAACUGACGAUCUAAGCUCAAUACAGUGUUAAACUGCGUUUGUAAACUGUAAAGUAUUAUCAGGCUGAUUAUUUCACCAGCAUUUGAAUAUAAAUAUGCAUAGAUGUGUUCUUUUAUUAAAUUGUGCAUUUAUGUUGUACAUAACGAACCUUUAUGAUACAAUUUUAGCUAUUAUUGUCAUGUUUCGUAAAUAUAGAUAUACAUAUUUCAUAAUAUAUCAAUCAUAUUUUAGCAUAAACAUAUUUUAUCAAACCAUUUGAAAAUGUCUAUAUCUUUCAGAUUACUCGCGGUGGGUUUAAUUUUGCAAUAUUUGCGGUCAUGAAAAUAAUCACCCAACGAAUAUUUACAUAUAUAUAUAUAUAUAAUUGUAUCUAAUGCAGAAUAAAUAAGGGGAAUGUGGCUCGAAAUUUGAUAUCCGCGAGCUAUAAUUAGCCCCAUGAAAUAUUACAACUUUACAGUAAUUAAUAUAUGUGUACCCUUGUCUCAACUGACUAAAUAUCAGAAUGUAAUCAAAUCAAUUUAUUUGCAAAUUGUUGGAUUCGAUCGCGAUAAAUGGUUAUAUAUCAGAAUCAGUAUCAAAAUUCCGUAGUAGUAUUAUGAUCAGGUUUACGCCAUUGCUACACAAACACUCUCCAGUGUUAGUACAAUCGUAACGUGAUUAAAACAGUAUUUUUAUUUUAAGUCCCAUUAUAAAGUAUAUAUCCUUACUUACAGUUUUCUUAUCAAACCGAAUAUAAAGGAAGUUAACGCAGGUCACGAUAUAGGGAAAUCUUGUUCUAAAGUUUCUUAUAAGUAUUUGUUAUUUGAGUAUUUGUGUGAUUGUUUUAUAUAUACAUAUAUAAAAAUCCUCUUAAUGGAUAAACAUUUAAACAUAAAUAGUUAAAGGAUCAAAACUACUAAAAUUCACCAAAACAGACACGAUGGAUAUUUCUUUAUAUUAUUGCUACUGAUUUUCUCUAAAAACAAGUUUUACUUAUUUUUCCUGACGUUUAAAAGUCAUACGACGACAUGUUUACAAACAGAUAUGAUUCUGUUUGAUACUUGAUGUGCCUUAAUUGUACAUAACUUAUUGUAUUAUAGUUUACGUUAUAUAAAUGUGUGUAUUACCUUUAAUGUUUGUUUUUGUAUUGCAGUUUAGGUCUUAUUAAAAAUAAACCUACUGCCAAAGCCUCAUUUCAGCUAGAUCAUAUUGAAAUGGACCACAGGGUCUUGUAUCAAAACCAUUCCAAGAACGUUUUUAACUUGUUUCUCAUUCUAAAUUACUAAAACUGAUUUAUGCGACAUAUCAAAUAUAUGUAAAUUUAGAUAAAGCUAUUUUAGGUCACAUUGAUAUGUAAAUUAAAAUAAAGCUAUUUCUAUGUUACUUUAAGCGUACUGGAAUUUUGACGCAUUUCCAAAUUUUACCAGAUUAGCGCAUUCAUUGAUUGACGCUCCUAAAUUAUUUUCGAAAUAAACAGUAUAUAGAAAGUGUAAUUAACGCAAACCUAAUCACGCGCAAUUGUUCCAGCGCAAAAAAACCCACUGAAAUAAGACUACCGCUAAAAUACGUAAAUCUUCAGUAAUGAAUCGAUAACAAGACCCAGUGUUAUUGUUUGAUUGUUAACAUUUUUCUGUUUGCUCACCUUCAUUUAUGUUCGUUUUUGUGUGACCAGGCAUUGUUUUAAGUUUGUUAAUAUCAACUUGUUCCAUUAGACGUCUGUGUUUACAAUGAGCUAUUUUCAUAUAGAUUAUCAACUUCUUUAAUCAAAAAUCAUAUAUAAUUUUUAUUUUCCACCGUGAAAACUAACUCAUCAGCUGAGCUUGGUGUUAAUGUUUAUACCAUUUGACGAUGAUAUAUGUACAGAAGAAUCAAGAGAUUUAUUUCUCUGUGAAAUAAUACGAAAAAGUGUCUCAUAGUAAACAAUGAACUGACAGCGAGCUAAAUGUUAGAUAUCUGAGCAUGUUGAAGUAUUAUUAUGAGAAAGCCACAAUGUGCUACUUUUAAUACAUGUAGUGCGAUGGAUGCUGCCGUUUGGGUAGAUAUAUCAAGAUAUCGGUGUAUGAUUCACACAAAACUUUUAAUUUCGAAACUGGUUUUACUUCGAGUUAAGAAGGACCUUGACGCUAUCAGUCUACGGGAUAACGAGGUUUGGCUGUAACAAGAUAGAAAAAUUGUUAACAUAACAUAAAAUAUACAUACAUCGCAUUGGGGGAGCUGUAUGUUAAAUUCUAUGUGGCAUUCGUCACGAGCUAAUUUCCUGGUAUAUACUAUUUUAGAUCUAUGUUCUCCAAAGUUAAAGGGCUGAUAUUUGACAUAAUUUAAACUCAUCAGUAGUUUAUGUUGAUGUGAUUUGAGAAGUUUUACCGCUAUUACAUAAUUUAAUGUUUCUUGAUUGUUCGUUUGCAAUAUUAAUUUUUAUAUUGUCUAUUUCAAUUAAAUAAAAAUCUUUCAAGCA